AUGGACCAAGACUCAGCCGCCUCCCAAGCCCAGCGCAAGAUCGAGCUCCAAUCCCCCGAGGACCUCGUCUACCUCGUAGCCAAGGUACGCAGCGCAGCAGCUGCCCGCAUCAACGAAGCCUUCCCCCUCGUCCCGGGCCAAGGCGAAGACGAGCUCCGGAACCAAAUCGAAUCCCUAGUCAACGAGUUUAUCGACAAGACCUUCACCCUCGCCGCGCCAAACCUGUCUAUAAACGGCCUCCCCGUCUCCUCGACCGAGUACCUGUCUCCCUUGCCCGCGACGCGCGACACCUACGAGCCCUUCGACGCCCGCAAGCGCCAGCGUGUCGCGGAGCUCAUCGCCCAGGAGGAAAAGCUGCUCGAGGAGGUGGCCGCGCUGAAGCGCUCCGUGCCCGGCAAGGCGGCGGACGAGCAGGCGGCGCGCGUUCGCGACGCGGUCCGCCACGACGACGAGGCGGUUGAGGCGCGUAGGGCGGCGGUCGUUUUGGGGGCCAGCAAGGAGGGUUCGCUACGAGUAGACAGCCUGGAGAGACAGGGCGACGUGGAGGCCGGCUUCAGAGGCGCCGUCGAGGCGCUGGGCAGACUGAAGAGGGACAUGCCGUCUGUCGUGGCCAAGAUGGAGAGGGCCAGGGUCGCAGGCCAGUACGUGUUGCAUGCGAAUUAG